GUAAAAACACGUCUUUGCAUGCAUGCCUGAUUAACAGGGUCCUAUGCCCAGUUUUCGAUUGUGUUAAAACGUACUUAUGUUUGUGCCAUUAUAUUACGCGAAGUUUAGUGAUUUUGAGGAUACGGACAGGAGAGAAAAAUGGCGGAAAGCCAGUCACAAUUAUCGGAGAUACCAGGUUCUACGACCACAAUCACGACUGUGGCAGUACAGGCCGGUAAAGCCAGAAUCAUUCUCGCCAUACUACGGUGCGGAGAAUGGAUCCGGGUACGAAUCCACCAGAUGGAACCCGACCUCACAGAAGUCGGCGCAACGCUGGAAGAGGCUUUACAGUUACGCCGAGAAACACGACGAACUCCUUGCUAAACUACAGAAGAAGCAAGAUGAGGUCACCAACUUACUCGCACGGGCCGACACUUUCGCUACGCAGAAUCCCGGCGAUCGUGACCAGAGCGUCGAGGUAUACGCCGCAAUGGCGGAGUCCCUCGGCGAGGCCUGGAAGGACCUAAACGCGAAACUAGAAUACCGAACACAGCUGUUGGACGAGAGCAUAUCAUUCUACCAGAGCGCUGGAGACUUCGCCAAACGGAUGGAGCAGGCGAGAGCAGGCUUUUCUGCGUUGCCCCUCGCUUCUGAUGUAGAAACUGCAAAACGCCUCCUCCAACAGCAUCAAGACAUGAAAAAAGGUAUACUAGAAUCGUCAAAAAGCACCCUGGACUUAGGAUAUCGUCUACUAGAUCGCAUCAAAGAACUUGGUGUGCAUGCAGACGCCCAGAACCGACACGCUACAACCGCAGCCUGCUACGGCAUCGAGCAUCUCUUGGAACUUUUGCACGAUCGCCGGCGGCACCUUGAAGACUUGUGGUUGCAGCGUAAACUAAGAUUAGAACAAUGUCUACAGUUAUGCCAGUUGGAUCAAGAAGUCAAUAAGGCUUUGGACUGGUUUCGAACUGUGGGCUCAUCCUACCUUAAGAGAUCAGAGCUUGGCGACUCAACAAAUUCGUCACAAGCUCUGCAACAAGACCAUAACCGAUUUGAGCAACAAGCCAGAGAAAUACAAGAAACGGUUUUACGACUGAUGAAGACGGUCGAACAACUCCUUCACAGAGGAAAUCUGGAUGCAGAAGGAGUUCGGCAACGACUGUCUCUCGUCGACCGUGAAUGUGAAGACUUCAUGAUCAAACUGGAUAACAGACGAAAGAACUUGUCGCUGUCGCUGUCGUUUUUCCAACAGGCAGAAACGGCUCUAACACAGAUGGAACAGAUUCGAGUCCGAUUGAACAGCACGGACUUGCCUCGUAACAGUGCAGCUCUUGUGGAUCUACACCAACAGUUGUCUGACGCAAUUAGCCAGGUGUCCACACCGGCGCUACAUACUGGUCAGUCUCUCCUAGAGAGGGUCGGGAGAGGUGACCAGGGUGCUGACGGCGUCAGACGAAAGCUGGCAGAACUACAAGAGCGAUGCACUGAACUGGAGGCACUAUGCAAGGCGCGAGGUGCCGAAGCUAGGGAGCGAAGCCAAGCCUAUCUGCAGUUCCAAGAACGAUAUACAAACUUAAACACUUGGUUAACGCAGAUAGGCCAAGCCACUCUCAGUCGGCACGCAGAUAUGGGAAACAGCCUUGCAUCUUCAAAGGACUUUUUGGAAGUCCACGAACAACUGGAUGAAGACAUCAGGGAUAAAAGCGGUGCUCUGAGCGCCCUGUCGGAGUCGGUCGUCGGCCUGGUCAAGUCAGGGGACCAGGAGGCGCCCGCCGCCGCCCAGAAGGUUGAUAUGCUGAGUAAACAGUGGCAGCGCAUGCAGCGUGUCACAGAAACUCGUAUCAAACUCUCCCUGCUUUAUGUCUCAUUCCACAAACUAGCCAAUCAGCUCGCCAUUAAUUUGGACGGCUUAGAAGCAGUUCUGAGAACAGAACGAGAAGACCUACAAGAAUUGCCGGAAGCGGCUGUGCAGCACACGAUGGAGUCUUGGAACACCGCCUGCCAGCUCUUCCAGGAUAUGGAGGAAAAAGCCAAGGCAUUCCUCCAAAAUAGUUCUACAGUUACAGAUGAUUCUACUCUUGAAGUGAAACAGUCUGUUCGAUUGGUCGAACAAAGAUUGUUACAGCUCCAGGACCGCAUGGCCUCUCUCCGCACCCAGUGGGAGUCAUGGCAACAGCGAGUCUCGUCGAGCCGACAGUUUAAAGUGCAAUGGCACCAAUUUGUACAAGAUGCAAGAAAGACAAUUGACUGGGUUAUGAAAGUUGAGGCUGAUCUUUUCGUGCCGUAUUCUGCCGGUCACCUUGGUAACUGUCAGGAUAAGGCGAUGGAACUUCAGAGAAAAGUGGCUGAUUACGAACCCACGGCUAAGAAGGUAACAGAGGAGAUAGAGAAGCACUUGAAGACAGCCGAGAUGCUGGGCUUCAAGGGCGACACCAAAGGUCAGAAGGACCAAAUCGUAAAUGAGCUGGUGCGUGUGCACCAGAGAUUCCAGGCCCGUAUCCACGAGUACCAGCUCCUUCUCAAAAUGACCAUCCAGUUCUUCCAAAACCUGCAUCAGGUUGAUAAGUUGAUCGAGAAGACAGAGAAGGAGUACAUGUCUGCCCCGCUGCCACAGGAACUUAACCGUGCAGAACAGAUGCUUGAAAACCACCACCGUAAAAAGCACGAGGUGGCACAGAUGAUCAAAUUCACAGCCGAUGAAGGUGAUCAAAUCGUCACUCGAGUCCGCCAGCAGAAUGCUGAGGCGGCCGCACAGGAUGAGGUACAGAAAGUCCUGAACAUGGCCGAUGAGUACAAGAAACGCUGGAACAACUCAUGGGAGGAGCAAGAAAGACGACUUCAACAGAAUCUACAGAUCUGUCAGUUCAACUUUGACCUUCGACAGAUUCACUCAGAGAUUGAUGAGCUGCAUCGACAACUGCAGCUGCGUCAUGGUAACUACGGCAACUCGCUUCAAGCUGCCAAAAUGACAUCACAAGCUUUUAAGCAAUAUGAGAUGACAAUAGAGCUCAUCGAGAAGAAGAUUGAGAAUUUCAUCGCAACGGCUGAGCUGAUGGUGAAGGAACAACACUAUGACUCCGCUAACAUCCAGCGUGAGAUAGAUGAGCUCAAGAACAAAUGGAGUACAUUCCACACCAGUGUGCGAGAUUAUCGCAAACUGCUGGAGGAUUCGGUGACUUACUACCGAUUAAUCGAGGAGAGUGAAGAAUGGACGCAGCAGGGCAACCAGUUACUUUUGCAAGUUGGUCGACAGUUUUCUGAAUGCCAGUCGCCAGAGGAAGCCGAAGAAAUGCUCCGUAAAGUGAAAAACUUUGUGGAGGCGGGCAAACCCGCCCAGGAUGAGAGGCUACAGAAAAUCUCUGUCCUGGCUGAUAAACUGUAUGGAGACCAAGGCCCUAGCCGUAUCCAGCAUCUAGUUUUACACUAUCAAGAAUUACUGAAGUCAUUCCGUCUAGCUGACGAAGAGAUUGGUACACUGAGAGAUAGACUCUCUGGAAAAGACGUACCAAUGGAAGUCUCUGACCCGAUGGAGCGUAAGGCGAAGUUUGCGGAAGAGGCACCUCGCCCCAAACCCCCGCGAAUUCUCCAACAUCUGCAGAACGCUGAGGUCCUCGAGGGGACAAAGUUCACAUUUGAAUGUCGCAUUGAGGUCACACCUCAGCCAGUCGAGGUCAAAUGGUUUAAGGACAACCUGCCCUUGAACAGCCCAGACUACGAGACAAAGUUCUUUGAUGGUCUUGCGACGCUGACCAUCGAGGAAACAUUCUCAGAGGACACGGCCCGCUACACAUGUCGCUUUAACAACGCAGCCGGGACAGCCGAGUCGUCAGCUCAUUUACAUGUUAAAGAAACCCAUCAGCAGAUUGUCCCCCCUGAUUUCACCAAGAAUCUCAAAUCAGUCGACGUUAUAGAGGGCGCUCCAUUUAUGUUCGAGUGCCAUGUCACUGGCAUCCCAUCACCUACGAUAUCUUGGUACAAAGAUGAACAAAACAUUGACAAUUCACCCGAUUUUGUGAUAACCAAAAUAAACGGAACAAAUUGCUUGAAGAUUCGUUCCGUUGCGCCAAGCCAUGGCGCCCGGUACACGUGCCGCGCUGAUAAUCCAGGAGGGGAGGCGGCGUCAAGCGCCAGGCUUAAUGUCAUCACAAUGAUAAAGCCCACGAUACAGGAGCCAUUGAAGGACGUAGCCGUACCGGAGGGUAAAGCUGUUCUCUUACAAGCUCGCUACUCCGGAUCACCACAGCCAGACAUUCACUGGUACCGUGGCAACGACCGUAUCAUCCCAUCUGCGGUGUUCAAGAUAACCACGGAGCCCACGACUACGGUCCUGGAGAUCACAGAAGCCUUCCCAGAAGACACUGCUGUGUACACGGUACAGGCCAUCAACCCCGCAGGAGAGGCAACGUCAUCCUGCCAGGUCAAUGUGGAGAGUUUCUACUCGUCCACUGGAGAAGACAUCUCACAGGGAUCCACGGAUGUAGAACCUGUGAAGCCGAUGUUCAUGCAAAAGCUAGCGUUGUCCAAACAAGCCCCAGAGAGGAGCCGUGUCAGACUGGACUGUGUUAUCGUUGGACAUCCAGAACCAGAGGUGAUCUGGUACCACAAUGGUCAACCGGUCAAGGAGUCCAAAGACAUGCAGCUGUUGUUUGAGGGUGACCGCUGUACACUGGUCAUCCGAGAGAUUCUCCCAGAGGACGCCGGCGAAUACAAGUGUGUGGCGCGGAAUAUCCAGGGCGAGGCGGAGAGUGCCUGUAUCUUGCAUGUGGAGCCUGCCACCGAGCCAAGUGACUUCUCCACCGUGUCAUCCCGCCAGCCAAUGGUGGCCCCCAAAUUCACCAGUCCUCUUCGUGAUGCGAAUGUGUCUGCGGGACAGCCAGUUUACCAUGGAGUGCCGUGUGAUUGGUCAACCUAAACCCACAGUACAGUGGUACAAGGACAGCAACAAACUGGAACCUUCACCUGACUUCCAGGUGGAAGUUGCGGGUGAUCUGCACACCUUAACGAUACCUGAGGUGUUUGAGGAAGAUGCAGGCACGUACACCGUUCAGGCCAGCAACCCAGCGGGUGAGGCCAAAUCUCUUGCCAAACUCAACGUCCAUACCGUUUC